AUGCACGGUGUUCCGACAUGGGAGCAUCGCGACCCUGCAGAGUUCAGAGCAGCAGCCAGGAAAGAUAUUCUGGCGCAUUAUGAUACGACGUUCUUUGAAGAUGUGGCGGUUGAGAAGAUCGAGAACCAUCAGAGAGAAGAUGGAACGAGCUUGUUUAAAGCGACCGAUGAGCAAGGCAGAGAAUGGUGGGGCAGGAAAGUUGUGUUGGUAAGCGGGGUGAAGGAUAUCAUGCCUGAUAUUCCGGGAUAUGAGGAGUGUUGGGCGUCUGGAAUAGGGGCAGCUUCUGCAGGCGUUUUCGCUAUCGAUGACUGCUCACCUGCACCGCUCGCACUUCACCUUGCGAGGUAUGCUAACAGACUCGCAAGCAAAGUCACAAUAUACACGCAUGGCAACGCAGAGGUCACGGACUCAGUCGAGGAAGCCCUGUCCCAGCUCAAGCCUGCAUCAAAGACAAAAAAGAAUGUGACCGUGGAAGCAAGGAAAAUCAUGAAGCUGGUGAAACUGCCAAAGGGGGCCGAGAUUGAAGUCCACCUUGAAGGAGACAAGAAGAUCGAGGGAUUCAUUGCUCACAAACCCAAAGGGAAACAGCAAGGACCUUGGGCGGAACAGUUGGGAUUGGAUUUGACUGAGAUGGGAGACUUUAAGACCAGUCCUCCUUUCAACGCAACGAACGUUCCUGGUGCCUUCGCAGGAGGUGAUUGCCAGACGCCGAUGAAAGCUGCCACUAUCGCGCUCUCGCAUGGAGGUUUGCUCGCCGCUGGAGUGGCUGCGCAAUUAGAGGCGGAAGAUUGAGUUUGUUGACAUACGGUGUAGAUAAAAGAGAUUUCCAUACCACAUCAAGUCCAGU